AUCUCUAUAUUUGACAUUGUGAAGAGAUAUGCCUUAUUUAUAUGUUAGCGAUUUGUUUUAUCGGCUUCAAAAUGGUAGUCUACACAAGAUCCCCUCAAGAGGUCUACAUUAUAUUGUGAAUCUAAAUUGAUCAUGGCUGGACCGAAUCCUAUCUUGCCAACUGUAUCAUGGACCGAGGAAGCAAAUGCCAUUGCUGAGGUGGAUUUCUCUCUAAAGUACAACGAAUUUUCAGACUUGUUCAAGAUAAUUUCAAAUCACAAACGAAAUGAAAUACAAACAAGAACUAAUGCCCGUAAAGAAAUAAGCAAGUAUGAACGAGAGGAAAGAGAUUAUUUUCAGCUCUUCAAACCUUCACAGUAUGAUGUUUCUACAGGAGAUUCAGCUCUAACAGCAUUUGACAGAGAUCUUAAAAAGGUGAUGGAUUUUUCAUUCUUUCCAACUUUGCGAGAAGUUUAUGCAGCAGCUGGAAUCUUACAGAAAGCCAUAUGUUUGAUGACAUUGCAGAAGGGCACCACGGUGUUCAGAGGAAUAUAUAUUCAACCAUUUCCAGAAAAGGAUGAUGGAGAUCUGAAUAUCAUCGUUAUUGUUUUGAAAAUGGUUGAAGAUGGAGCAUAUUUUCAAGAAGUUAACUGGCCCGAGGAUCGCCCACUCGAUUCAUCACCUUUCAUAAUAAUAAAUAAAGGUCAUGAAAAGUGCCUGGAUAGAAGAUUUUGUAACAGUUUUGACGUCUUAAAGGAAGACUUUAACUUCAAUUUUCUCUGUAGUGGAACACACACUACAGAUGAGGAAGGUUUGACAAUUUUUGACGUUCUCGGUGAUGCUUGUUACGCAGAUAAAGCUGCAAAUGUUUUUAUCAGAGACAUAGUUGGUCUUCAUCAGUCAAAUCUAUGUUUUAAAGAGGUAUAUUCUCGAUUGAUUGAAAAGAAAAUGAAUGUGUAUAUAAAUGAACGGGAGAUUCAACGCGCUAAUGAUGAAAAAAAUCCAAAGAGAAGGGGAAAAUUACAAGAACAAAAUCGCACAAAUGCUCAAAAGAAGCAUUUGAAAGAAUGGAAAAUGUUCGGCGAAGGGGACAGUUUUGCCGUUGCCAGUUUAUAUCACAUUGAGUUGUAUGUCUCUGACGGAAGCAGACAUGAUAUAUUUCAUCCCAUCUGUACAUCUGUUGACACUGUUUUCAAAUCGUCCCUUUAAGUGCAGAGGGCAAAGGGUUUGAAGUUUAUAGGAAAAUACUACGGAGUUUCUUGUCAAAGUCAAAAACCCGAAGUGAUUGGAAACUUCCCUAUGAUAUCAGGAAAGAAGGAGGAAUUCAUCUUUACUCAGCUCAAGAGGACAGCUCAUAUUUGCUGCCCACCGGAGGGACGAGGACACACCAAUACACAUAGACACCUGAAACAUAUCAAAGGAUCUAAAAGAUGCUUAGACGAAAUACAGCCAUUCCCUGAAAAUCAGGACACAAUUUCAAAUUGCCAUAAGCACCUGCUUUGAAAUAGAAGGAAGAGGAAUUGACCACAUAGAAAAUUGAACAUUAUAUCAAUGUCUCAGCAAGGAAAUCUUUGUUUCGCAAAGUCAAGAAUGUAUUCAAAGA